AUGUCACUCGCCAUACUACCGUCGCACACGCCCGUCUCUCGCCCGACUGCUCCGGCCAGACGACCGAAACUCUCUCUCAACACUGCUUCCCUGCCAUCGACAUUUGGCAAGAGCACUACCGGACUCCGCCUGGACACCCCUUCAAUAGCUUCGCCUACUGCUAGGAACACCUUCAGCAAUGCCUACGGAUCGCAUCAUGUCGCGAGUCCUGAUGCUAUGACUCCCCAUGAGGAUGUACGACCCAAGUCUCGACUGUGUCUGGACACUUCGGUAGCACCUACUCACCAGCAACCUCCGCGUUCUUCCUCUACCGACAGCUGCAUGUCAGCCACUUCUGCAACCUCGGCCUCGACCGACUCUUCCAUCUCCUCCAUCUCGACCGACGACUCAUACAACAAGCCCAUCCCCUACCGUCUUCCCUUCAACCACCACUCCAUCCUCACCAACGGCCCUCAUGGCUGUGUCCGCCGUCGCAAGUCUUUCUCAAGUACCCGACCCAUGUUCCCCUCGGCCAAGAAGGUCUCGUUCCGUGCACCCCUGACCGAAGACAUUCACAACGACCUCUACACUCUCGCUCACUCCGACAUUGAGCCGACUCCCUCAUCAACUCCCACGAUAGAACCUCUGCCCUCGGGUCAUGGACGCUACGUCCAACAACAACAAAAACACAAGAAGGCAGCAACCCUGCCUAUCAGAUCACCAAUCUGUGGUGACAAACGCGACUCUUCUUCGGAAGAUGACUCAGACAGCGACAUCUGCCCCUCGACACCCAUCACUCGACGAAGCAAGAAGCCUCGGGAAUGGGUGUGGACCCUCGGUCCCAUCAACACAAUCACACCACCUCCCUCAUCAAGUCCUGUUGACGACAAAAGCCAAUUAUGA